AUGGCUGGUCAAGCUAUUUUUACAUUAAUUUUGCAGUACUUUGUACUUCCACCAAGUUUAGAAGAACGCAUCAUAGACUUUGGUGUGUUGAGUGCUGCAGAAGAUGGCAGUGUUAUUUUUGUCAUUAUGAAUAGCAACCCAAUUGAGCUGGCAGUAAAAGGCUGGUAUGUAGUGGGAGACGGCCUUAGUAUUGAAUUGCUGAUUGUUGAGAAAGGCAACAGGAGUUCAAUUUCCAGCAUUUCUGAUUUAGAAAAAUUGUCGCCAACAGAACAAUCUUCUGUGAUAUUAGCAUCUGGUUAUUAUGCAGUGUUUAGGAUGAAGUUGACUGCAAAAGAACUUGAAGGACCAUAUGAUGGAGCAGUGCAAAUCACAACAGAUUAUGAGAUUUUAACUAUUCAAGUAAAGGCACUUAUUGCUGUAGGCUCCUUGGUUUGUUCACCAAAGCAUGUUGUUCUUCCAGGCUCAUUUCCAGGGAAAGUAGUUCAUCAUAGUUUAAAUAUAAUGAGUUCCUUCUCACAGAAGGUGAAACUACAAAAUAUACGUCCUCUAACAGAGGAUGUGCGAUUCUACUACAAGAGAAUGAAAAAUAACAAGGAUGAUUUAGAAUCAAAAAAGAAAUCCAAGAUAGCAAAUAUUUAUUUUGACGCUAGCUUACAAUGUGGGGAUUAUUGUUAUGUGGGAUUGCCUUUUUUAUCUAAAUCGGAGUUAAGAUUGCAGCAUAGUCUCGCAAUGCAAGAUGAUGCAUGGGAUGCAGACUGGGAUCUGUAUAAGAAUUUGUACAAAAAAUGGACAGAACUUAAAGAAAACUCAGGGCACAAGGUUGAUGUUGUCUUUGAAGUAGAUACAGACCUACAGAAAAAUGUUCAAGCUGUAGUAACAUCAGAGCUUAUGUGGCCAUCAUUGAUCAAUACAACACGAGAUUUACUUUUCCCACUCACAAACACAAAUAACACAUCAGAAAAAGAACUAAUUUUAGAAAAUCCAGCAGAUGUACCUGUGUUUGUCCAAUUACUUCCUUUAGCAUUGUAUCCUAAUCCUUCACUUGUUGCAGAUGUGUUAAUGGAAAGGCUUCACUUGGGCAAACAUGCAAAUCUGGACACACAAACCUUUGAAUUUAAAAUUGUCAGCAACCAUACAUCGUCCAUCAAAACUUCUUCAGGAUUUGUGGAAGGUUAUGCACGACAGUCUGUGCUAAAUAUAAUUCUGAGAUCUGGUGAAAAAAGAUCUAUGACCGUGAAGUUUACUCCAAUUCACAACAGAACUGUGAUGUCCUUAAUAAUUGUAAGAAACAAUCUGACAGUAGUGGAUGCAGUUGUGGUACAAGGACAGGGAACGACUGAGAGCCUGAAGGUAGCAGGGAAGCAUCCUGGUCCUGGAAGUUCAUUACGUUUCAAAAUUAAUGAAGCUUUGCUUAAAGACUGUUCAGAUAAAAUGAAAAUGAAAGAGCCAAACUUCACAUUGAAGAGAGUUUUUAAAGUAGAAAAUACAGGACAACUUCCAGUUCUUGUCAAGUCUAUGGAAAUUAGUGGAUACAUCUGUGAAGGAUAUGGCUUCAAAGUUGUAAACUGUCAAGAGUUUGCACUAAAACCGAAUGCCUCUAAAGACAUUAUUAUAUUGUUUACACCAGAUUUCACUGCCUCCAGAGUUAUCCGUGAACUAAGAUUUAUCACAGCAGGAGGCUCCCAAUUUGUUUUCAUAUUAAAUGCAUCACUUCCUUAUCAUAUGUUGGCAACAUGUGCAGAGGCCCUACCUAGACCUAACUGGGAGCUGGGACUGUAUGUGAUCAUCUCAGGAAUAAUGAGUGUUUUGUUCCUUUUGGUGAUUGGAACAGCUUAUUUAGAAGCUCAAGGAAUAUGGGGGCCCUUCAGAAGGCGUCUGUCUUUGGAGGGGUCCAAUCCUCCCCUUGACUUGGGUAGGACAUUUGAUCUCAGGAGAAUAGUUGGUAUUUCAUCAGAUGGAAAUUUAAAUGCACUUGGAUCAGAUUCAAAUCACAAUUCUUCAAGAGGAGUAUUUGGAGGAGGUGGUUCUUCUAGACCCAGUGCAGCCAACCACAAGCAGUUCUCUGCUGCAUCACAGUUGCACAGUAACAGAAACUCUUUAGAAUUUGAAAAUCCAAAACUAAAAAACAAUUUUGCAAAUAACUCAAAUAGCACUGGUAGAACAUCUACCCCAACAGUAUCCAGUACAUCUGCUACAAAAGUAAAUGCCAUUGUUUCUGAGGCAAAUCCACCCCAGAGCCAGACAAACAGGCGAACCAAGAUGUCGAGACAGCUUCACCAAACACACCAGCAACAGGCACAAAUACAACCAGAUCUACAGUCAUUAUCACAAUUACCAGCAGUGCCUCAGCAACAGGAGCAGCAUAAUGAGAACACUGUUUCACAUUCAUCACCUGUUACUUCAUGUACAGACAAUGCAAAUACAAGGCACAGCUCAGAGGACUCUGAUAUUACGAGCUUCGGAGAUACAGUGGAUAGAGAUUGUGAAUUACCUGAAUCCCCAACAUUAGAUGUCUUUACAGAACAGCCUCCAUCUCCAGCAUCAAAAACUAAAGGGAGAGUAAAAUUGCAGCGCAAAGCUAAAGCACAGAAAAAACGUGAAGAGAAGGAUAGAGAUAGACGGGUAAAAGGGAAACCACAGGAGGAUGAAUUAAAAGAUGCAGAUAAUGAUGACAGCUCUUCCACCACCACUGAAACAUCUAAUCCAGAUGUCGAAUCACCCCUCAAGGAGUCUCCAGAUUCAGAUAAGAAAAAAGGGAAAACAGUAUUGUCUAUCAAAGAGAAAGAUGAUGCAGAUAUGUUCCACCUCUUAAAACCUAAAGGAAAGAAACUCCUAGGAAAUGUCAAAAAGGAAACCCAAAAUGACAUUAAGUCAAGUUCGCUGGAAUUGCCAUAUACUACUCCAUUAGAGAACAAACAACGCAAACCCUUUCCUGCCAAAAUAGUAUCAUCAACCUUGACAAAUUGCCCAAAACUAAGGAAUCUGCCAAAAAGAGUGCCUGGUAAAUUAGUAGAUGGAAGACCCUCUCCACUGGUAAAAUUCCUUUCAAGUGGUUCUGGUCAGGAAAUGGGAAACAGCAGCAGCUCAGAGGGCGAGAAAGACUCUCCUCCACCUGAGUGGGAUAUUGCACCUAUACCCAAAUCUGGUAGCAGUUCAGACAGCCUUCAGCAGCUUUCCAUUCAGACUCUUCAUGCCGAUGUCUUCUUGAAGAGACAAAGCUCACCUAUGCCCGCGCCACCAUCUCCUCCACCCGGACCAUCUCACAACUUGAUUUUUCGUGCUCCCAGUUACAGUAGCAUUGUCAACAAUAGUGAUGCUGGUAUUAAACCAGUGAAUGGUAGCAAAUCCAAAAUUGUAAAAUCAACGUCUCUCCCUGGGAAAAAUGGCAACCCUACCUUUGCUGCUGUGGCUGCAGGCUAUGACAAGAGUCCAGGCAGCAGUGGUUCGAUGAAAGCACCUUUAAACAAAGCCGAAGUCUGUGGCAGCAUUCCUACCCCUUUAUGUAAUAGUGUGGCUUCUUUUGACAGUGAUGAGUCAGACACCAGCUCCAGUUUGUUGAGUCCAUGCAGUGUCAGCACCACCAGCACCUCUGAGUUUGCUCCUCCAAACUCCUUUUCAGCCUUUGGACCUAGCAACUCUUUCAAUCUUACCGGAGAGGUCUUCAGCCCUCAUGUACUCUCAAGAGCAACCUUUAACCAUCAGGAAGUUGCCCAGAAUUGGCCAGAUUACAGUUCUGCUUCAUCUACAUCCCUUUGGGAAACCACCUCACCUGAUGCUCGAAAUACCUGGCCUUCCAACACUGUUUCUCCAACUCAUUCAACUUCGUCAAUCCUUUUGGGUAAUUCCACCAGCAGCCUUUGGUCGACCACUCCUUUCAGCAAUCCAAUUUGGUCCACUAGUCGAGAUAGCAGCCUUCCUUUCUCCACUCCAGCAAGCAACAACACAAUGGCAAAUGUUGAUCUUAUAGGAGGAGAAAACACAGCCUCUGGCCUAAUUGAAGACCUUGGACGGAUGUUUGAUCCAUGGAAGAAUCUUGACAAUAUUUGGAGACCUACUCCAGGGCGACGAAGCUCUGAUCCCUGGUCGAAUAAUUCAAAUUUUCCUCACGAGAACUAAUCUACAGGUGUCCACAGCUAUUGGUGAUGCACAGAACCUGAUUACAAAUACAGUAUGACACCGCUUAGAGUGAAAUAUUGAUCAAGCUGAGCCUGUAGUCCAGAAAUCUUUUUCACUCAAAUUUCUUUGUGCAACUUCAGCUGUUUAGUUGGAGUUGCACAAGGAAAUUCGGAAGCAAAUGUUCCUGGUAGAGGGAUCCAGUUCUCAGCCAUAUCUAAUCACCAUUUUUGCUUCUUGCCACACGAUUAUGAUUCAUAUCUGCUAUAAGCAGUUCCUCAAUCCUGACUGUAAUUAUGGUUUGUAUGAGAUUUCUGUUACAGUUGUAACAGAGGCUUUGUUCAUUAUCUAUUCAAGUUUAAAAAAAAAUCACUGAAGUAUUUGGUCAUCUUCCUCUGUUCAGUGAAAUGCAUCUUAAAUUUAUUUUCAGUUUGGAAAAUAAGAGGGAACAAGACAUAAGAAUUUUAUGCGCAUCCCUUUGUAUAACAUCCAUAUAAAGCAUUGUGAUGUGUUUUUAAGAAAAUGGAGAAAGGUUUCUCUCCCAGUAUUAAGUUCAAGUUCCUCUGUUUUUGUGAGAAAAAGAAUUAAUGGAACCCUUUGUUUUUAAAAUGCAAAGUGGGUGUUUUAGACAUGGGAAUGUGUUGGUAAAACAAUAGGUUAUAAUUAUGUAUCCAGCAUUUUGGCUUUCAUUUGUAUUUAAAAGGGCAACAAAAAUCAACAAGAUUAUGGCAAAGUAUAAUGAGGAAGAACGCUGUAAUCACAGUUCCUUUGGUUUUCCUUUUCUGUUGUCAUGAGUGCUCCACAGUGUGCGCUGAUGGCUGGUAACUCCAGCUGAAGUGCGCAGAACUAAAGUUUAUGGAGGCAAAAAAUCCCCCUUUUGUGUUCUUCGAUUGAAACACAAUUCUCUUGGUUGUAUUUUUUUGAGAUAAAUAAAGUUUUUCAGAAACUGA